GUUCGGUCUUCGUUUUCCUACGUCAUCGCAUGGCAUAGAGUGUAGAUAGUUGGCCGACUAGGCCAUUACUGGGACAGCUGCAACAAUGUUGGCGCAGCAGCUCCGGCAGCGCGGCUUUCGCGCCGUGCCUGCACCUAGUGCACUAGUGGGGCAAAACUGGCUGAAACAGCAAGACGCUUAUUUCUCCGUUGAAUCCGAUGGCAAGCUGCCGUCAAGCACGCCAGGUCCAUCAGCGGUACCCACCGCUGCAAAUCCACCUGAUAACACCGGCUCUAAUACUUCGCAAAUAAAAAAUGAUCACGUAACAAAUGAGCACGGGACCAAAGCUGCGCCUCCGCAUCCAUCGCCGGCCACAUCAGCUGCGCUGUCGCAGCUAAAGGCGAAGCUUGCCAGUCAGGUUUCGGCGUCAUCGCAAGCAGCACCACCGGCAGGACAGUCGGGUACUCAGCACCAGCAGAGGCCUGCGACCAGCCGGACGAAUGCUUCUGAGGGACGCAUCCAGCAGCACCAGGCGGCUAGCUUCCAAGGAGUUCCGCUGCAGCUUGGCGAGGCGGGAAACCCCCUCCAGAGCAUGGCCGCCCUGACGCACAACUCCGUGCAGCAGGUGGAGGACUACACCGCCGCGCCCCUGGCCUCCGACCAGCGCCUGCUGGCCUCGCUGCAGAAGCUGGGGGAGGCGCCGCAGCAGCGCGCAGCGACCAUCAUGCAGAUGGCGGCGGGCACCGCGCCUGCUCCCCCCGUGCUGGUGUGGGCUGCCGGCGAGGUGGUGUCGCAGCUGCAGCAGCUGCUGCGGGAGCAGCUGCCGGCUGCGGAGGGGGAUGCGGGAGAGCUGCGGGGGCAGCCCUGGUACGAGGGCGCCCUGCAGGUCGCUCGGCUCGCGCUGGCUAGCCAGUCACAGCAGCAGCCGCAACCCCAGACCGAGCUUCAGCUCCUGCGGGCCUUUGCACAGCCUCCUGCCGCACCCACACCCGCACCCGCAGCAGCCGAGGCGCAGCCGGCGAAACAGCAGCAGCAGUCGCAGGAGCUGUCGUACAGUGUUUCCUGGGAGGCCCUCCUGGCCCUGCCACAGCUGGCGGCAGUCCUUGACGCGGCCGCCAGCCGUAGCCCUGCCCUGGCGGCGAGCCUGGACCUGACGAGGGUUCGGAGCGCCGUCACCGCCGCCGCUAGGCCGCCUGCAGCGGCAGACCGCUCCGCGGCUGCUGCUGCUGCUGGAAAGGCCGGCAAGAAGCAAAAGGAGCAGCCCAAGCAGCCGCUGCAGCAGCAGCAGCAACCCUGGUUGCUUCCGCUGCUACGGUCUGCUGCAUCGGUGGCGAGGUCGAAGGCGCUGGAGGCGACGGGGCUGGCGGCUAAGGGAGCUGACGUGCCGCUUAACGCCGACGCGGCGUUGACGGCGAUCGCCAUGGGUACGGCGGCGGCGACGCCGGCGCAGCGGGCGGCGGCGGUGGAGUGGCUGGCGGCGGCGUCACUGCUGCAGCACGCGGAGGAGCGACUGGGAGUUGCUGGCGGCGCGUCGGGUGUACGGAAGGAGGCCGUUGCCGUACUGCAGCUGUUGGGGCUGCCGUUGGAGCCGCGGGAGCUGCCGUACUUGGACGAGCUGAAGGUGUCGGAGGAGGAGGUCAGGAGCUGGCUGUCGCAACUAGCCAGCCAGCUGACGGCCGCUCCUUCCACCCCAGCUGCUGCGCUGUCCGUGCCGGCCCACCUGGAGUCUCGCAUCGCCUCCGCUCGCCGGCACCUAGCAGCAGCGGGCCGAGCGCUGGUCCUGGCUUCGUCCCCUGACGCCGCCUCAACCCCGACCCCGGCCUCCACGCCAGCCCCUGCAGCAGCAACAGCCGCACCCACGCCAGAGGCGACACUCGCAUGGUUGCGUGCCGUGGGCGCUCCGCUGGUUUCGGGGCUGCUUUCCGGCGGGUACGACAGCGUGCGGAAGCUCCAGGAGAUGGUUCCGGAGCUUCGUGAGGCGUUGGUGCUGCGGUUGCUGGAGGCGGGGCGAACGAGCUCCGGUACGACAGCGCUGGCGGCGACGCUGUACGGCGAUGCUGCGGCGGCGUGGCGUACGGCACGUGCUGACGUGGCGGGUGUGACUGCGGCGGCGGAGCUGCUGCAACGGGAGGCUGUCGAGGCGGAGCUUGACUACGUGCGGGAGAGGUUCGUCCCCCCGGCGCCUCAGCUGCCGCCUCCCCCAGCCCUGCCCACCGACGCCGACCUAGCAGCGGCGGUGCAGGCGCUGCCACCGCAGCAACGGCAGCUGUACGACAGCUACUAUGCGCUGCGCCCCGACGGCAGCACCAGCGGCAGCGGCGAGGGUGAUGCGGAGCUACGACGGCUGGUCGCCGACGCACUGGCGGCGGCCGGGGAGGGCGCUGUACGGCAGGCGGUGGGCGGGGACCUGCAGGCCUGGCUGGCUGAGGCCCGGCAGCGGCUGCUUGUGCUGCCCAACCCGCUGCUGGCGCUGCUGCUGCGCUUCCUCAGGGUGCAGGUCUCCUUCACCCCCGAGUCCGCCCAGUUGCAACGCAACAAGCUCACCGCGCUAGCAGCCCUGGUAGCCCAGCAGCAGCAGCGCGCAGCCGCCGCCGCCUCCACAACCGGCAGCAGCGACGACGACAGCGACACCGCGUCCUCCGCUGCUGCCCGGGAGCUAGGGCAGUGGGUCCGCGGGGAGGGGCAGCCGGGCGCUGGGGGCCGGGUGCCCGCCGCUCUGUCUGCGGUGCUGGGUGAGGCGAGUGCGGGGGAGUUCUCCAGCUGGCUGCAGGCGCUGGCGCUGAGCAGCAGCAGCAGUGGCAGCGGGCUGAGCACGCAUGAGCUGCUGGCGCAGCAGCAGAUGGAGCAGGAUGUGGAGCGCUAUCUGACGAUGACACACGACCCCCGGCUGCACAUGCCGCUGGGCGCUGCGGGCCCCUCCGCCUCCUCCGCCUCCGCCUCUCGCCCCACCUCCGCCUCCUGGAGCCUCCCCGAGCUGCGGCGGGGUGAGGCGGCCUGGCUGGAGGACAUGCGGCCGCAGCUGGACGCGUACCUGCAGGCCAUGGGCUACCGGCGACUGGGUGACGCGGAGUGGGGCGUGUACCGGGACACUGCACUGGCGGAGUGGGACACGGGGCGGGCGGCACGGGAGGAGAAGGUGGCGGCGGCGGGGCAGAGCGGCUUCUUCAACCCCAGGGCUGACGAGGUGUACCUGCAGCAGCUGCUGGAGGAGAACAUCGCGCCAGAGGACCCGCUGGGCCCCCAGUCGCGGCGCUACCUGGACACCCUCACCCGCAACCGCACCUGGAACUUCGCGCAGAGGAAGCAGGCGGUGCAGCGCCUCAUCCAGCUCAAUGCGCACUUCCUGCGCCAGCCGCCCGCACCCGCCGACGGAUCGCCCUUCGCGCCGCUCUUUGCGGUGGGCGGGCCCGACCCGGUGCCCAAGCUGGGUCCGCUGGCCCCUGCGGGUCAGAAGCAGCUGCAGCGGCGGUGGGGCGCGCUGACCCAUGGGUCAGGUGCCGCGGUGGAGCAGCUGCAGCUGCCUGAGGGGUUUUGAGCAGGGAGGUGUGCGUGUGCGAGUGAUGGGACGAGCACAGGGGUUGCACAUGGCGUGGUGGGGGGGGCGUUCAGGAUGCGUGUGAAGGGGUAUGUGGGUUCCAAGGGGGGAUGUGUGGUGGCUUUGGGUUUUCGAGCGUGGAUCAACAGGGCGAGAAGGGGGAGUGGUGAGCGAUUGGGGGCUGAAUAACCGGAGGACCUGGGCAGAUGAAGGGGGCAGCUGUGUCGGAAGGAGGAGAGUGCCUUUCCUGUGGUGACGCGUUAGAAGUCAGGCAAUGGGUCGCGUGGGGCGCGCAACUUGCUCUGUUGUUUGCAGGGCAGGGGAUCAGCCGCGAGCGAACAAACCACGGCGCGCGAGCCGCAGCCUUAAAUCUGAAUACGGUACGUUGAUGGGCCGGUGAACGGGUGGACUGAUAUGGGCCGAGGACUGCAGGCGUAAGGCCCCCCA